UUAAGUUAUACAGCAUCUGAGUUUAUAAUCUUCAAACCACGACCAACUGUACAAAGUCAGAUACACACUGAGCACAGCGAGUUUGUCCUGAAUUGUAUUGUAAAUUCAAAUGGCUCUAAACUUGAGUGCAGUGUUUCAUGUAUUGGCUUUUGGCUGGUACGCGUUUGUGGUCCAAAGUCUUGCAGCCAAAGAUGGUGAAGAAUUACCACCUGGGAUUUUUGUGUACGGAGGGCCAUGGAAAUAUCUCACUUUUCUAAACUUGUUGUUACAGAUGACAUUCUUUGGCCUGGCUGCAGCCUCAGAUCUCCAGGACGGGAAGAAAUCUCAAAGCUCUUUGGACAGAUGCAAAGACCUGCUCUUCGCUGUGUUUGGGUUUCCUGUGGGAAUGUUUGUUGUCGUGCUCUUCUGGUCCAUUUUUGCCUAUGACAGAGAGUUGGUUUAUCCAGCUACGAUUGAUGCGUUCUUCCCUCCUUGGAUGAACCACGCUAUGCACACGUUUGUCUUUCCCAUUUUAUUAGCAGAAGUUUUGCUGCAGCCUCAUUUUUACCCGAAGACUAAACAGGCUGUUGCCGCCCUGAGCCUAGUGGGUGUGUCUUAUUUGUCCUGGAUUAUUUGGGUAUACUUAUCAGCUGGGGUCUGGGUCUACCCCCUCCUCAAAUACUUCAGCGGUGUUGGACUGGUGGGGUUUUUCGUCUUCAACAUGAUCGUGGUGACAGUACUUUUUCUGGUUGGAGAGAAACUGAAUAAGAAACUAUGGGGUAAACAAAUGGAACAGAUGACAGCAAAGUUGAGAUAAUCUUUCAUAAGACUACAUUCUCAAUAUUCCUAUGACGACAAAAAGAAAAUAGCAGAUCUGUGAACACAACAAGGCGAUGCAAGCUGUACCAAGGACUAAAGUGAACUGUACAAUACUUAAUUCAAGUGGUAAUGAAUGUCUAGUAGUAGUAGUAGUAGAAGUAGUAGUAAUGUCCACUGAUAUUGCCUUCCCGAAGAGGUCAAGUUGUUUUAAGCAUUUUAUCUCCCUCAUCGGUGCGUCAUGGACUUGAAUGCCUGUGAUGCUUUGACCGACACCAUCGCUCACUGUGGCAUGUUUUUAUAUCUCCAGUUAAAUCAGGAGGGAAUUUCUGUCACAUACAACUCAAACAGAGAAGUUGUAAAUAAAGUUUUGUAGCUUUGAAGAAUCAGGCCCCUCGCAGAUCCCUGUAGCCUUUGAGAUGGUGGAGAUAGUUCGGAUCAGCGUCCACCAACCCGACCGACAAGAUCCGUGCCAGAAGAUGAAAGUCCUCGUCACUUAACGGCUUCUGUGAAUGAGAAAGUAAAAGUAUUAACUAAAAUAUAUUUCAAAUGUAUCAGCAUGUGUGUUAGACAUAUUAUGGUACCACUUUAUGAAUACUACACUUUAAUUAGCAUUAAUAAAUCAUGAACAAGACUUUACAUAACAAGAAAAUUAUUCAGACAUAUAACUAUUUACCGUAAUUAAGGGGUUAGGAGUUAAGAUAAUUAACUCCUAACAUUUUAAUAAAGCAUGAACACAUAACAUAACUCUUUACAUAACGAGGAAAUGAUUCAGACUUAUAACUACUUAAUUAAGAGGUUAGGGGUUAAGAUCGUUAAGUUAAAGGUGCAUUGUGUAACUUUUCUGGUGGAGGAUCUGUCAAAUACUUUUCUUCAUAGAGUGUUAUUGUUAUUGCUUUGUCUGGAAUGUUUCACAGUGCGGCAUUACAUCUUUAACCAGACCAAGUUACAGGUCGGAUCUGUGGAGAGGCGACCCCGCUCACAGUCAGUAUGUCUGUUUUUUAAGGUAUUUUUGAGCUAUAAAACCACCUGUAAUUGAAUAAAUGUAACACAGAGCUGUUUAAUGUCAUACUGUGGAACAUUCCAAGCAGAGCAAUAUCCAGCGUAUCCAUAGAAACAAGCAGGCGAUGGACCCUUAAUCGAAAAGUUACAUAGUGCAGUUUUUAUGAAUAAAGUCUUUGUUUAGGUUUCAUUAAGGCGAAUUAAAGUGUUUAUGUAAAUGUAAAUACAUUUGAACUUGAACUUA